UCCUUUAAUCCUAAAGAGUAUAAAAAUGAUCGAAAAUUGCAAAAAGAGUGAGCAUCUUCAUUACAAUAGAAACAAAACAAAUAAUAGAAAAAUGUUCUAUCAAAUACUUAAUAUACUCAGCAGAAGCAAUAGCUGUUCUUAAAGCUAUCCAACUUACAGUCGACGAAGAGCACUUACACUAUAUCAUUCUAUGCAAUUCAUUGAGCUCCAUCAACAAUAUAAAAAAUAUCCAUCAUCAAAAUGACAUUUUAUCCCUCAUUAACAAGAAAUUUGAAAAAGCCGACACUAAAAACAAACCCGUCACAAUUCUAUGGUUAUAUAGGUAUAAAAAGGCCAUGAAGACGCCCAUAAAUACGCUAAAAUUGCAGCUAACGAUCCAAAUGUACCACCUUUACUUAGACUUAUACCAUCAAAAGCAUUAAAAAUAAUACAAUUUAAAAAUAGCACAAGCUUUGGAACCAACAAACCAAAAAGUUGAACCCAAUUAGGUCAACGGUAUUACAACGGACAAAUUUUAACCUCAAAAAAAAAAAAGAGAAGUCGUUAUAAACAGACUACAAAUUAGUCACACAAAACUUACUCACUGAUAUCUCAUGUCAAAGGAUGACCUACCAGAUAUUCCUUUGAACCUCUACAUAGCACUCGGCCUCAAGCUCCCAAAAAAAACAAAUUAAUGUUAAUGUUUUUUAAAACACUAGCUGGUACAACACAAUUCAAUAUUAUGUAAAUACGGUACAACUUGAAUAUUAUGUAACAUUGUAUUAUUAAUAUUAUAACUUAUGGCCUUUGCUGUCAAAGUAGUAAGAUCAAUAAUAAUGAUGACAUAAUAUAGUAAAAAUGUUUUUGUAAACAACUAAUGUUACACACAGAGAAUUUCAAUGAGAAAAUUUAUCAACACAAUAUGGUGAUAAUAUAAUUUACAUCCUAUAAAAAAUUAUUUGAUUAAUAAUAAAAUAAACCUGUCGUAGGUAAAACAUUUAUAUACUUUAUUUAUAUUGUUUACUAAAAAUAAAUUAUAUAAAGAGGAAGACACUUGCAUAUGCUCAUUCUAGAUCUACCAAAGUUUUAAACGAGUAAUUUUUCAUAUCGGUAUAUUUUUACAAUGAAAUUUUACCCGUUUACUUUAAUAUCUAUUGUAAUUUUCAUAUUAAAACCAGAUGAAGGAAUUUAUUGCAAAACUUAUUAUGUGGAAUAUAAACAUUACAUUAAAAUGGUGGUGAAUCACAUUUAUUCACGAAUUGAAUUAUAUAAAAAACAAGAUUCAAAUAAUACUAUUGAUAUAAUAACAAAUUUACAACUAAAGAAGAAACUGCUUAAAUUCUCAGUAAAAUACAAUUAUACAAUAAAUGUACUCAAUUACAAGUACAAUGAAAUAGUACAGAAAUUCCUUGCUUUCGUAAAUGUUAUCCUUAGUAAAUGUCAGAAAUAUCAUAAAAAUAAAUCAACAAAACAUUUUAUUCCUUAUGUAGUUCUGCUCCAAGAAGUAGUGAAAAGUUCCAAAACGUUGUUUGAAAAUCUAUACAAUGCUAUGAAAUUUAUAAGCUACAUAGAUAUUAGAUUUUUGUUUUUUGGAAGCGUCGUGCCGCAUGGUAUAAUUGAUGAAAUCGAAUUUAUAUAUCAAUACGUCCUAGAAAAAAGUGAAAAUACCAGACCUCUUGAUCUCAACAAAUCACCUUAUGAAGUCUGUGAAAUGAAUUUUGAGAAUUUGAAAAAAUUUCAUUUUGAAGCAUCAACAAGAGUAGAAAAUUUUUUUAGAAAUAGUAAUGCCUUGAACUCUUUUAUACUAUAUGAUUUAAAAAAAAUUCAAACUACAGAAAUACCUACUGACACUAGAAAUUUAAGAAAAAGUACACUUCAAAAGUUUUUCAACGAUAUUACAGAAAUUUGGUACAAAAACUUAGGUUUUGAACAAUUUCUUAAUCCCAUAAUAACUGAAUUCAUACCUCCAAUAGAUCCAGAUACAAAUCAAAAAUAUGGAAUUGAAGCUCUUGAUAUUAUUUGUAAGGAACCCGGUUGGAAAUCAAUGGAGCACAUAAGUAUAAAUUAUUGUGAAAAACAAAUAAACGUAAAUCGUAUAAUAGAAGACCCAAUUAAUAACCUAAAUUUUCGAAUAAAAAAAGAACAUGUAACACAAUUAUUAAGAUGCAGGUUUACAGAAAUGAUGAAUAUCUAUCGUACACUACUAUCUGCUAUGUUGACUGUAUGUCAAAAAGUUGCAUUUUACUGUUAUUAUAACUGUUUGGUUAAAAUAUUUAACUCAUUCAAAGAAUCCAAAAUAAUGCUUGACGGAUUUCGUAAAGCUUUAACUACUUUAAAUAGAUCAUCAAUAUGGAGUGUUAAUUUUAAAUCUAAUUCGAGUUUACAAAACAUUUUUAAAUGGGUUACAGGUUUUCUCAAUUUAUUGGGGAACAAUGAUUUCUGUCAAGAUAGCUCUAUCAUUAUAUUCGAUAAUAAAACAAUGAAAAUAGUUGAUAAUCUUCUAACGAAUUUUCAAAUUUAUUUUAACAGCUUCAGUGAGCAUUUACGUUAUGAUAUGAACAAAACAAACACUAGGUGUUAUAUAAGUAAACCUUUUAAAAAUGAUGAGGCUUAUAUAGAAGAAUUUAAGGAUUCAGCAAAUGUAUUAAAUAGUCCAAAUUCCGAAUGGGUACAGAAAAUUAUUCUUCACGCGUGUAAUUAUUUUGAUAAUUUUUGUAAAAAUGUUCACAAAUCUUGUUAUGAAGAUCUGGGUUUCGAAAAACUUACACAUUGCCAAAACAAAGAAUUAGACAGCAAACUUAAUUAUUUUACUGUAGAUUUAUCUACUUAGCCUCCAUUGUAUCGUAAAGGUACGAGUAUCAACGAGUUUAAUUUGAAAAGUAUACUUGAUCAAAUUAUUACUUUAACUAAUAAUUUUAAAUUUCACACGUAUAAUUUAAUAAUCAUUUUUGAAAUCAUUAUUUUGGUUUAGUUUCAUUCUAGUUUUUUUUUUUUUAUAAAUUUUCUGUUAUUGUUACAGUCUUCACUAGCACACUUGAUACAAUAUAUUAUUAAAAAUAUUUCACUAUGUUAUAAAAAUAUACCGUUUUAUAGCUAAUAAUAAUUAAAGCCAUUAUUUGUUCAUACUAUUAACAAUAUUAAAAUAAAAAAAAAAUAAAAAUUUAUUAUACUUGUAUAUUGUUUAACGAAAAAAUAAUUAACAUUUUAAAACGUGUUUAAAUAGCAUUAAGAAUGUAAUCAAAAUUAUGAUAUAGUUAAAGCAAAAUUAUUUAAAGUUUUGAAUAUUAUUAACUAUCUUAAAAUUAAUACCAAUGCCUAAUUAUGUAAAUAUUUUUAAUGAGCAACCACUAACAAGUUAGUCUUUUCGGCUCUAUCGACUUUGGCAUCGCCGUUUUGGCGAUAAUACACAAAAU